GAGAGAGAGAGAGCGAGAGAGAGAGAGCGAGAUGCUGGAGGAGGCUGGGAGAUUCAUAUCGGCGUGGACAGAGAGCUGAUGUGACAGCGGGGAGGGGGGGAAGCCGAAAACUUGGAUUUCUACCUCACUGUCCUGCUUGUGUUCAUGUUUAUCCCGGGCUGAUGUCAGAAUGUCGGUGAACCCCCCCAGUAGUAACGAUGCCUGCCUCAGCAUCGUGCACAGCCUCAUGUGCCACAGACAAGGCGGCGAGAACGAAGGCUUCGCCAAGAGGGCCAUCGAGAGCCUCGUCAAGAAGCUGAAGGAGAAGAAGGAUGAGCUGGACUCGCUCAUCACCGCCAUCACCACCAACGGCGUCCAUCCCAGCAAGUGCGUCACCAUCCAGAGGACGCUAGACGGAAGACUGCAGGUGGCCGGGCGUAAAGGUUUCCCCCAUGUGAUCUACGCUCGUCUAUGGCGCUGGCCGGACCUUCACAAGAAUGAGCUGAAGCACGUCAAGUUCUGCCAGUAUGCCUUCGACUUAAAGUACGACAACGUGUGUGUGAAUCCGUAUCACUACGAGAGGGUCGUCUCUCCCGGCAUCGUUGGCCUCAGCCUACAGAACACAGCUCCCACCGGCAGGCUGAUUAAAGAGGAGUACACCCACGACUGCAUUCAGAUGGACGUUCCUCCUGGUUUACCUCCACAGUCAGACCACCAGGGGGCGAUGAAGCUUCCUGCACCGGAGCAUUACCCCCCACCGCUGCCACCUUUACAGAUGCCCCCCGAAGCAGCACGAUGCCCUCCGCCUGCCACCCUGUACUCCAACAUGCCCCUCUCCCCAACCGCAUCUGGCUCGAUGAUGUCCAUGCAGGGUGGUCACAACGAGGGUCUCCUGCAGAUCGCAUCCCCUCAGGCUCAGGUCAUGACCCCGACCCCUCCUCCCUCCACGCCCCCUCAGGCCCCGCCCACUCAGAACGGCUACAACGGCUCCAAACACACACAGGCGCAGGGCUCCUUUCACACUACUUGGACGGGCAGCAGCACGGCCUCUUACACUCCUAUAGGACGCCAACAGAGCAGCCGCACCCACCAGCCUCCUCUCCACCACCCCCACUACUGGUCUCAGCAUCACAGUUCCUCAUCAUUCCCUCCGCCAGUCUCCAACCAUCCAGGGCCAGAGUUCUGGUGCUCCAUCUCGUAUUUUGAGAUGGAUGUUCAGGUUGGUGAAAUGUUUAAGGUGUUGUCCAGUUGUCCUGUGGUGACGGUGGAUGGUUACGUGGAUCCAUCUGGAGGAGAUCGUUUCUGCCUCGGGCAGCUCAGUAACGUUCACCGUACUGAGGCUAGUGAAAGGGCCAGGUUACACAUAGGUAAAGGCGUGCAGCUGGAGUGUCGAGGCGAGGGCGAUGUGUGGAUGCGAUGUCUGAGUGAUCACGCCGUCUUUGUUCAGAGCUACUACCUGGAUAGAGAGGCAGGACGAGCGCCUGGGGACGCUGUCCACAAGAUCUACCCAGGAGCCUACAUCAAGGUGUUUGAUCUGCGUCAGUGCCAUCGGCAGAUGCAGCAGCAGGCGGCCACGGCUCAGGCGGCGGCAGCGGCUCAGGCGGCCGCCGUGGCGGGGAACAUUCCGGGUCCAGGGAGCGUCGGGGGCAUCGCUCCUGCAAUCAGUCUCUCGGCAGCCGCAGGGAUCGGCGUGGACGACCUGCGCAGGUUGUGUAUCCUGCGUCUGAGCUUCGUGAAAGGCUGGGGACCCGAUUACCCGCGCCACAGCAUCACACACACACCCUGCUGGGUGGAGGUGCACCUCCACCGCGCCCUACAGCUGCUGGAUGAGGUGCUGCACACCAUGCCUCUGGCAGACCCUGGACCUUCUAACUGA